ACUUGACGCUCUUAACGAUUAUCUCUUUUACGGCAGCUUGUUCUUUCUUGGGUCACAGUCGAUCGGCGCAUUCGAUUCUUGUCUUUACCACCCUUAAUUAACGACCUUGGUGUCUAGUCACACGACUGGAUACACUGUAAACCAUCAAAAGUCGCAAACCAGACUCGCUUUCCACCCCGCGUGUCUUCUCUACAGCACCUCUUUGCGCGCCCGACAUUCACCACCACGUCAAUCACUCGCACCCGAGCAACGUCCUUUAACGGCGCCCCAUUGAUGGAAGGCACAUACUAGGUUAUUGUUGAACGUUCUCAUCGCUCGCUGUCGUGCGACACGGCGCAGCCAUGACGGAGCGAAACCUUGACAUCUUCGAGAGCAAACUCUCCGAUCCGAACACAGACCUCCGGACAAAAUGUAACUUCCUCAUCGAGAUCCGUGAUGGCAUGGACCAUUGGUGCCAGGGCACCACCUACCCUGUCUUUCUGCAAAAGUUCGUCCCCAUAUUACUGGACAUUCUCAGCGGCUCUCCGGUCUUCGUUAGUACAUCGCCAGAGCAGCGGCUACGAAACUGCGCCCUCGAAAUCCUACAUCGUCUGCCCAUGUCCACCCCGGACGUCACCGAUCAGUAUGCUCCACAGAUUGUCGACAAGUUGCUGGAACUGGCACGAAUUGAGAACGAGGAUAAUGCUGUGCUUUGCAUGAAGAUCAUAAUGGAGUUUGAGAGAAACCACCUGAACUCAUGCGCAAGCAAAGUCCAGCCUUUCCUGGACCUCAUCCUGGAGCUUUUCCAGACAAUGGACCAGACCGUCAAGGAUACUUUCGACACCCCAGCCGCGAUAGGCUCAUCUUCCGCCGUCGCCCCAGGCACGCCCCAAUACAACUCGCCCAGGCCAGCUUCACCGGUCGCAUCAACCACUUCUCUCACAGCCGACGUGGGUAGCGAUCAGCCUCAGACCAGACAACUCCAGAAGGGAACACAGUCGUUCAAGCUUGUCGCAGAAUGCCCCAUCAUCGUUGUUAGUAUCUUCCAGGCGCAUCGCAGCAUGGUGGCCAAGAAUGUCGAGGCCUUUGUUCAUCGUAUCAAGGCAAUCCUGUCACUCCAAGCUGGACCGCAGAAGAGAGCACACGAAGAGGCUAGAGAAAGGGGCGUGGCUUUCGUGGGAGUAGCAAAGGACAUCAAGAACCGUGCCGCUUUCGGAGAGCUUGUCACUGCUCAAGUCAAAACCAUGAGUUUCUUGGCAUACCUGCUGCGCGUUUACCAAAAAUUGCUGGCAGACUUCCUUCACGAACUUCCGGAGAUUGUCGUGCGUCUUCUGCAGGACUGUCCAAGAGAAAAGUCCAGCGCGAGAAAAGAGCUCUUGGUCGCUAUCAGGCAUAUUGUGAACUUUAACAUCAGAACUAUAUUCCUCCCGAAGCUUGACGAGUUGCUGGAUGAGCGCACACUGAUUGGUGACGGCUUGACGGUAUACGAAACAUUGCGCCCUUUGGCCUUCACUAUGCUGGCCGAUUUGAUCCAUCAUGUCAGGGAAAAUCUAAAGCCAGCACAGAUCGAGAAGAGCAUAUUCGUCUACACCAAGAACCUACAUGACGACUACCCGGGAACAAGCUUCCAGACCAUGAGUGCGAAAUUGCUCCUGAACAUGGCGGAAUGCAUGGCAAAAGUCGAGGACAAGCAAGACGCUCGCUACUUCCUCACCUUAGUCUUGAACGCAAUCGCCCAGAAGUUUGCGUCAAUGAAUCGUCAGUACCACAACGCCGUCAAGGCCUCCGCGCAGUAUGCAGAGACGACGAUGGAGGCGGGAGCCGAGAACUACCUCGCAGAUGUCAACCAGAAGCCGGAAUGGGACGAGAUUGACAUCUUCAACGCAACACCAGUCAAGACAAACAACCUUCGAGACCGCGGAUCUGACCCUGUGGCCGACAACAAGUUCCUUUUCAAGAACCUCUUGCAUGGCUUGAAGACGCUCUUCUAUUCAUUGCGCGCCUCGAACCCUACUCGUAUUCGCGAUGAAAUGGAUGCAGCCAACGUACCUCCGAACUGGCAAGACGUCUCGUAUGGUUUCAACGCGGAAGAAGUCAACGUUCUGAUCAAGCUCUUCCACGAGGGUGCCCAAGUCUUCCGCUACUACAACGCAGAGAAGACCCCCACUGAGACACCCAUGAUGAACCCUGUUGAGUUUCUCGCCAACAAUCAUAUGAUGAGCAGCGGAAAGGAGGAGAAAGACCUUCUCGAGACCUUUGCAACCAUCUUCCAUCACAUCGACCCUGCCACAUUCCACGAGGUCUUUCAAGCUGAAAUUCCGCAUCUCUACGAGAUGAUUUUUGAUCAUCCUGCUCUUCUGCACAUCGCACAAUUCUUGCUUGCUAGUGAGGCUACGUCUCCUGCGUUCUGCGGCAUGAUGUUGCAAUUUUUGAUGGGCAGACUUGAGGAAGUUGGCACUUCUGAUGUUCAAAAGUCGAGCGUGCUGCUUAGACUUUUCAAGUUGUCUUUUAUGGCGGUCACCCUAUUCUCUGCGCAGAACGAACAAGUCCUCCUGCCUCAUGUCACCAAACUCAUCACCAGAUCUAUCGAGCUAUCAGUGACAGCUGAAGACCCCACAAAUUACUUCCUCCUUCUCCGAUCACUCUUCAGAAGUAUUGGAGGUGGUAGGUUCGAGAACUUAUACAAGGAAAUUUUGCCUCUGCUUGAGAUGCUGCUGGAAGUGUUAAACAACCUCCUUAUCUCGGCACGCAAACCGCAAGACAGAGACCUCUUCGUCGAAUUGUCUCUUACAGUACCAGCUCGCCUCAGCCACCUGCUUCCUCACCUAAGUUACUUGAUGAGACCUCUGGUUGUGGCUCUCCGUGCUGGCUCUGAACUGAUUGCUCAAGGCCUUCGCACGCUAGAACUCUGCGUCGAUAACCUCACUGCUGAUUACCUCGACCCUAUCAUGGCGCCUGUGAUUGAUGAGCUGAUGGCAGCUUUGUGGGAUCACCUCAAGCCUCAGCCUUACAGUCACUUCCAUGCUCACACAACGAUGCGUAUCCUAGGCAAGCUCGGAGGCCGUAAUCGCAAGUUCCUCACCUCACCACCUGCUCUGGUUUACAAGCCAUACGCCGAUGACGAAGCAAGCUACGACAUCAAGCUCAUCGGCUCGAUGAAGGACAGAGCAUUCCCUGCCGCACUCGGUAUCGACGUUGCUAUUGACAAGUUGCGAGAGCAACCCAAAGCAGCAGCAGCUAAGAAGUCAGACGCUUUCCACAAACAACAAGCACUUAAUCUCGUCAAGGCCCAGAUCAAGCUGUUGGUCGGAUUCGACCACUUACCAGACGACUUUGCGAGACUUGUCCGCUUGCAAGCAAAUGACUUGUUUGACAAGAACUACGACGUUGGAUAUGAUCAUUUCUCAUUGUCUCAGCGUGACAAGUCUGUUGCGAAGAAAGACGCCCAGCAAGCUACUCUGCUCAAAUUGAUCAAGGCUGCCAUGUUAGCUGCUGCAGUCCCCGAACUGAAGCAAGACGUGGUACCUUUCUUGAACGGGCUCUACAAGCAUCUGACCAUUCUCGAACUCGGCCGAUCGCUUGGACAAGAGAAGCACACCAAAAGACCGUUCGACCCAACCUCUGGUGAAGGCCCUGUCUUUGUUGAUAGUAAAGUUAUCGCAGAUGCCAUUGCCGACACAUUGUCUUCGGACUCAGCAGAGGUUCGCGAUGUUGCUUUCAACGCCUUGGACACGAUGUGGAAAUCGGCAGCUAUGAUAUUUGGCUCAGAGGACCGAGUUGAACGUCUGCCAUUCUUCCGCGACCUCACAAAGUCUUUGAUCCAUCACUGCUUCGAGGAAGAGUGGUUCUCAAAGUCUGGUGGCACUGCCGGUAUCAACCACAUCGUCAACAAGCUCAACUUCAGUGCCGCCUGGCUGAAAGACCGACAAAUUGAUCUCAUCAGGGCGCUUUUCUUCGUGAUGAAGGACAUGCCCCAAGACCUCCCUGCCAAUGUCCGCGUUCAAGCCAAGGACGUAUUGAAAGACAUUAUCAGGAAGUGCAACGAAGGCACUCCAAGUUCAGACGUCGGCACGGCAAACACCACUAUAAACAACGUCUCCAACAAGCUUGUCACCGAAGUGUCGCAUAUGAAUCGACAUGUUCGCGAGGCAGCUCAAGACGGUCUUCGACUGCUCGCCGAGGUCGUUGGAGUCAAGCUUUGGGAGAUCGUCAAGCCAGUCAAGGAACUGGUCCUUCAGCCUAUUUUCAACAAACCGCUUCGAGCUCUUCCUUUCUCCGUGCAAAUCGGUUACAUCGAUGCUUUGAACUUCUGCUUGGACAUGGAGAAUGAGGUCUUGCACUUUGAAGAUCGCCUCAACCGAUCGCUCUUGGAGACGUUAGCUCUGGCAGACGCAGAGGACGAUACUCUUGCACCGAAGCCAAUGGAGCAUAGAAGUGCCGAGUCCAUAGUGAACCUCAGGGUUUCUUGCCUUCGCCUUCUGACCACUGCAAUCCGAUUGCCGGCAUUCAACACAUCGCCACAUGCGCAACAUCGUGGCCGCAUUAUUACCGUUUUCUUCAAGUCUCUGUACUCUAGAAACACUGAAGUAAAGACAACGGCCAACGCUGGUCUGCAAAUAGUUCUGCAAGCCACUCAGAAGCUACCGAAAGACCUUCUCCAGAGCGGCUUGAGACCGAUCCUCAUGAAUGUCCAGGACCCUCGCAAACUGAGCGUUGAGGGCUUAGAAGGUCUCCGCACGUUGCUCCAGCUUUUGACCAACUACUUCAAGGUUGAAAUUGGUUCACGCUUGCUUGACCACAUGAAGCAUAUUGCAGACGCGCAAAGCUUGCAAAAAGUGUCUUUCUCACUCAUUGAGCAAAAUCCGAAGAUGCGUGUGGUCACAGCAAUCUUUGGUGUCUUCCAUCUUCUACCUGCCGCUGCUGUGCAAUUUCUCCCUACGCUGGUCGAAAGGGUGCUUGAGCUUGAGCAUAGUCUGCGCAGGACUCACUUCAGUCCAUUCCGUGAGCCUUUGAUCAAAUACCUGAACCACUACUCGAAGGAAGCCUUAAUCGACUUCAGUGCAAACCUGAAGGACGAGGCAAAGGGCAGAUUCUUUGCUCAGAUCUUGUCUGACAAGGCAGCCGCACCACUGCGGGCAGCCGUCAUUGAGUCUGAUGCCUUCUGGGCCCCGCUCACGGGUGAAGGUCUGACCGAUGUCGAGAAGGAUCAAGCAGCAGUGAAUGCGGUGCAUGUCGCUUUGUCCCUUUCGGAGUUCCCUGAAAGUCGCACUUGGCUCACUACACAUGACAAGACCAGAUUGGCUUUGUUCGAGGCUGCUAAGUAUCUCCAACAGAAGCUUCAGAACAAGACAUUGGCUUCAUCGCUUCGUCUGCCAGUCGAACAGGUUGGAGACCAACUCAUGAUCAUCAUCACCAGAUAUCUCGCGGUGAAGCCAGAUGACUUGGACUUCUUCUUCGAUCUUGUACAAGCCUGCGCGAAUGACGAACUCCCAGAGUCGCAUCGCUUGUUCCACUUUAUCUACGAGUUCAUCAUCACCAGCACGUCUGUUGACUAUCAGCGCUCGGUUGCCGUCCGUUGCAUUGACAUCUACACCAACCGCCAAAAGACACCGCGCAUGAAGUCUUUCGUUUUCCACAACAUCUUGAAUCCUAUCUUCGCCAUGGAUAUCCAACGCAACUGGGAAAGCCUCUUCGGUAAUAACAAGGGCACUGAGCUAUUUGACAAGUCGAUGACCGAUAUUGUGCACGCCAAGCUGUGGAAACCCCAAGCCAACAGUGACAUCUCCGAAGACCCUACCCAACCUGGUGUUGACCAGUCGAGAAUGGAGUUGAUUCAAUUGACCUCUAUGCUCCUCAAGUAUCAUCACAACAUGCUAUCUGAUGCUCGCAAAGACGUGAUCAUGUUCGGCUGGACCUACAUUCGACUUGAAGAUACCAUCAACAAGUACGCAUCCUACGCGCUCAUCUCAUACUUCAUCGCGCAUUACGACACACCUGCCAAGAUUGUUGUGCAGAUCUACGGCAAGCUGCUGGGAGCACAUCAGGCUGAGGGCAGACCUCUCGUCAUGCAAGCUCUUGAGAUUCUGGAGCCUGUUCUUGUCAAGCGUACUGGUGGUGAACAAGCCAGAGCACCUGCCUGGACUCGUAUUCCUCGCCGUAUACUCAGCGAAGAGACGUCUAACACACCACAACUCACCAGUAUCUUCCAGUUCCUUGUCAGACAUCCUGACCUCUUUUACGAGGCUAGAGAGUCCUUCGCAUCCAUUAUCAUUCCUUCUCUCAACAAGGUCGCACAGCUUCCGAACCCCUCCACCGAGAACAAGAGAUUGGCCAUUAACCUCUUCAGUAUGAUCUGGCACUGGGAAGAACGUACCGUCAAGGAAAAUGGAUCCCUUUCUGGUCCUCAAUCUCCCGAUAGCGAAGCAACCGUCGCAAACAAGAAGGCUGCUUCGGUUUCCUACGCUCUUCGUACAAUGAUGAUCAAAUACAUGGUCAACUUCAUUGCUAUUCUGCCAGAGAGGUUCCCUGUUCCUAGCUCUACCGACGAAGGUAAGGAUGCUAAGGAAGGUAAGGAACGUACCGCUCCUUCUUCCAACGAGACGAUAAGGAAAUCUUUGGAGUUGCUCUGGCGAUUCUUGUCACCAGGCUACUGGGAUGAUAUUGAUGUCGAUGCCAUGUUCCCCAAGGUCACUGAACAGAUCCUCCUCUCUGAACCCAAGCAGGAUGAGAAGAUGGAGGCCUGGACCAGCCGUGUCAUCAACACGUUGCAGAUGUUACGUGCUCUUGUCAACGCCAAAUCCGACGAGUGGAUUGUUGCUCGUCUGCCUCAGCUGCAAAAGCUGCUCGCAAAGUCGUUGAAGAGUGAAAGUGCCGAAAUCCAGGAUUGCUUGCAUUGCAACAAGUCGGUGGAUGGCUUCCCCGAACUCAAACCAUUGAUGAAAGCCAUCUUGGAUGCUGUACCUCUCCAACAGUCGGAAGAAGAUUUGCCUGAUGCCGAAAGCCCGACUGAUGAUUUCGUCAAUUUCCUUUCUACCCUCGCGGGUGAUUGUAUGUCUGCUACUGGCAAAGACACUCAAGCUCAGACCGCUGGUAUCAACGUCCUCUGGACUCUGGCGCAGCGCAAGGCAGACAGUGUGGACGCCCACAUCCCUGCUCUUCUCAAAGCCCUUCAAGGUAACUUGGCAAAGAACCAUCUUGCGGCCCAAAUGCCGCAGCCAGUGGCUACCGCCAACGGUGUCGCAGCCCAACUUCCCGCCAAUCCUCAAGAGGUCGACCUUAACACUGUCUUGAUCAUCAGAGUGAUUGAGAUGCUCUCUGCUCGUAUUGGCGCGCUCGGAGAACAGCGCAGACCUUACCUGAGUGUUCUUGCUUCGCUCGUCGAAAGAUCCCAAAACAACAUGCUUUGUGAGAAGAUUUUGAGCAUGGUCGAAGAAUGGGUAUUCAACUCCACAGAGCCGGUUCCCACUCUCAAGGAGAAGACGGCCGUGCUGCAGAAGAUGCUCAUGUUUGAGAACCGCUCUGAUCUGACACUUUACCACAAAUUCUUGGACCUCGUCAUCCGUAUCUACGAGGACCCGAAGAUCUUCAGAUCUGAAUUGGCUGUUCGUAUGGAGCAUGCUUUCCUCAUUGGACUUAGAAGCCCCGAUAUUCCGAUGCGCACACGUUUCAUGACCAUCUACGACCGCAAUCUCAGUCGUACUGCUGCCAAUCGUUUCUUCAAACUGCUCGCUGAGCAACAAUGGGACGUACUGGCUGAUAGCUUCUGGCUUAGCCAAGUCAUUCACCUCAUGUUCGGCUCCAUCGACAUGAACACUUCCUUGAAGUUGCACACGGACGACUUCAAGUGUCUGGCAGCUUCGAAGCUCUACAACACGCACUCCGCGGACCCGCGACUUGCUGAUCUCAUGCUCGACUCCGAGUUUGAGAACUUCAUCGCAGGCCACAAGCGCUUCGUGCAAGAGCUUGGCGAAGUGAAAACUAGAGACGUGCUUGAACCGCUGGCCAACCUCCAACACACCGAUUCAAACCUUGCUCAUGACAUUUGGACUGCCUAUUUCCCACUCAUUUGGUCGAGCCUGUCGAGAGACGACCGUGAGGAUAUGGAGACGGGUUUGAUCAACCUCUUGACCAAAGACUUCCACCAACGCCAGACAGACAAGCGCCCCAAUUGUGUUGCUACUCUGAUCGACGGCAUCGUUCGUGCUAGACCACGCGUCAAGUUCCCACCCCAUGUGCUCAAGUUCCAAGCUAAGAACUACAAUGCUUGGUACAGUGCCGCUACAUACAUCGAAGAGCUGGCAAUGAAGCCUAUCGUCGACACUCCUGCCAUCCGUGAGAGUAACCUGGACGCUCUCGUCGAGCUUUAUGCGACACUGCAGGAAGACGAUCUGUUCUACGGUACUUGGCGCAGAAGAUGCCAGUUCGUUGAGACUAACGCCGCUCUUUCAUACGAGCAGAAUGGCGUUUGGGACAAGGCUCAAGCAAUGUAUGAGCAAGCACAAAUCAAGGCUCGUACCGGUUCCAUCGCAUUCUCACAAGGUGAGUACAUGCUGUGGGAAGAUCACUGGGUGUAUUGUGCUGGUAAACUCCAGCAGUGGGAGAUCCUGGGAGACUUUGCCAAACACGAAAACCUUAAUGACCUUUUCCUCGAGGCGACCUGGCGCAACUUCGAUGCUUGGGAAGAGCCCGAAAACCGCACUCAGCUAGACACAAUCAUCAAGGCUGUGUCCGAUGCUCCUACCCCUCGUCGUAUGUUCUUCCAAGCUUUCAUGUCUUUGCUCAAGCUGCACAACAAGACCGAAACUCAGCAAGACUUUAACCGCAUCUGCGAUGAGAACAUCCAGCUAUCGAUCAAGAACUGGCACAAGCUUCCCAAGCAAAUAACUCAGGCUCAUAUCGGGCUGCUUCAGAACUUCCAGAACCUAGUCGAACUGCACGAUGCCAGCGUUAUCUGCAGCAGUCUUGCACAGACCACCUCUGCCAAUCUCGACGUCAAGAGUCAGGAGCUCAAGUUGCUACUUGGCACGUGGAGAGACAGACUGCCCAACUUCUGGGACGACAUCAAUUCGUGGCAGGACUUGGUCACCUGGCGUCAACAUAUCUUCCAGCUUAUAAACAGGACAUACUUGACGCUGCUACCAUCUACAAAUCAGGGUAACGCCACAGGUCAGUCAUAUGCCUACCGUGGAUACCAUGAAACUGCUUGGAUCAUCAAUCGAUUUGCACAUGUCGCUCGCAAGCACCAGAUGCCAGAUGUUUGCAUCACUCAGCUAAGCAGAAUCUACACUCUGCCUAACAUCGAGAUCCAAGAGGCUUUCCUCAAGUUGCGAGAGCAGGCCAAGUGCUGCUACCAGAACCGCAAUGAGCUCACCAGCGGUCUGGAUGUUAUCAACAACACCAACCUUAAUUACUUUGGUGCUCAGCAGAAAGCCGAAUUCUACACUUUGAAGGGCAUGUUCUUGGCCAAGCUCAACCACAAGGAAGAAGCUAACGACGCGUUUGGUACUGCUCUCUACUUCGACAUCAAGCUUCCCAAGGCUUGGAGCGAGUGGGGUAGAUACAACGAUAACCUCUUCAAAGAGAAGCCCGAGGAGAGCAUGGAUAAGGCCAGCGCCGCGAUUAGUUGUUACCUCGAAGCUGCCGGUCAAUACAAGAGCGCCAAGUCAAGAAAGCUCCUCAGCAGAAUUCUCUGGCUGCUCAGUCUGGAUGAUGCGGACAAUACCCUCGCAAAGGCAUUCGAGAACUUUAAGGGAGAAACUCCUGUUUGGUACUGGAUCACGUUCAUCCCUCAGCUGCUCAACAACUUGUCUCGCACCCCAAGUGAGGCCAAUAUUGCCCAUGGCAUCUUGAGCAAGCUUGCAAAGACAUACCCACAAGCACUUUACUUCCAGCUGCGUACUAGCCGUGAAGAUAUGUUGGUCAUCAAGAGAAGUCAAGAGGCUAAAGAGGCCAAGGAACGACAGCAAAGAGCCAGACAGUCCGGAGGCACACCCGCUGAAGGUGUCAAAGCAGAGACGAAGCCAAACGGAGAGACUGCCAGCGCCACUCCUCAGCCCAUGUUUGACGAUCAAGUUGCGAACCAGGGUACAAAAGUCGAAGAGCCCGCGAAGCCCAAGAAGCCUUGGGAUCACACUGAAGAGCUUACUCAGACGCUCAAGACUGCCUUCCCUCUCCUGGCUCUGUCAAUGGAGACCAUGGUCGAUCAAGUCCAAAAGUACUUCAAGUGUACUCUGGAUGAAGAUGCAUACCGUCUUAUCGUCGCUCUGCUGAACGAUGGUCUGGCCUAUGUGGGAAGAUACCCGACCUCAUACGCUCAAGGCGUGAAUCUGCCACCGUCAACCGAGGCUAACAUCACUCGCUUCGCGGAGUCCAUUCUGCCAGCCCACAUUCGCAAGUCGUUCGAAGCUGACUUUGUGACCAAGAAACCAUCAAUGUUUGAAUACAUUGCUAAGCUUCGCAGGUGGAGAGACAGAUUCGAAGAGAAGCUCGACCGUAGAAUGUCGAAGUGGCACCUCGAACAGACCACUCAUCUGGCCGAGUUCCGUUUCUUAAAGUUUGAUGAAGUCGAGGUGCCCGGGCAAUAUUUGCAGCAUCGUGACAAGAACCAAGACUUCGUCAGGAUUGAGCGCUUCUUGCCUGAUGUUGAGCUCGUUAGAGGUGUUACUGGCUGUCAUCGCAGACUGACAAUUCGUGGUCAUGAUGGCAGUGUACAUCCAUUCGCCAUUCAACACCCAACUGCAAGACACAGUAGGCGUGAGGAGAGAGUUUCGCAACUGUUCCGAAUCUUCAACAGCACACUAGCCAAGAAGAAGGAGAGCAGACGCCGCAACUUGCAGUUCCACUUGCCUCUGAUGAUUCCUUUGUCUCCUGGUAUCCGCAUGGUCCAGGACGACGCUUCGUACAUCAGUUUGCAAGGUAUCUACGAAGACUACUGUCGCCGAAAUGGCAUCAACAAGGAUGACCCGGUCUUGUUCCAAAUCGACAAGCUCCGCGCCUUGACACCGCAAAAACCCGAGCAGGCCGCAAGCAUUCGCUUGGAGACCUUUAACGCCAUCCAGGAGAAGUAUGUGCCCAAUGAUGUCGUUCAAGACUACUUCCAGCAGACCUACCCUUCGUACGACUCGUUGUGGUUGUUCCGCCGCCAGUUCUCUUCGCAAUUGGCUGCUCUCACGUUCAUCACUUUCACCAUGCACAUGACUAUGCGCUAUCCUCACAAGAUGUCGAUCUCACGCGGCACUGGUAACAUUUGGGGCUCAGAAUUGGUGCCUGCAAUGGCUGCUGCCAAGCCGUACUUCCACAACCCGGAAGCAGUGCCCUUCCGUCUGACACCCAACUUGCAGACCUUGAUGGGCCCGAUCCACACCGAGGGUAUCUUCGUCGCCGCAUUGAUGGCGAUUGCGCGCUGCCUGACAGACUCGUCUUCUUCACCCGCAAACUCGACUCCACCUGCCAUUCCUACACCUACCAACUCGACCAAUGGAGGUAACAACCAAGAGGAGUCUGAGACCAACACAUCGGAUCUUGAAGGCCAACUCAGUAUCUUUAUUCGUGAUGAGAUGAACUUCUGGUCGCUGCAGCAGCACAAGCAAAGCAUCAAGGAUGGAGAACUGCGCGAGCACGUCCACCGCAAUGCUACCGGCAUUGUCAAGAAGGCAGUUGCCAUGGCCAAGGAACCGGACGCAAAGAACUUGCCUGCUAGUCAGAGCGUGCUGGACUUGGUGGCUAAGGCUACUGAGCCUAAGAACCUGUGCACGACUGAUGCACUCUGGCAGGCUUGGCUCUAGAUAGAGGAGGAGAAGGAUGAUGGUUCUUUUGAAGUUUUUCUGGUGUGCUUUCAAAAUCCGUUGCUUUUAUGCAUAGCGCUAGGCGAAAAGGAUAGGGGAAGGAUCCUAGCGAUUUGCUGUUUUGGCUCAUGAUUGAG